AAUAUUUUUGAAAAUAAGGCAGUUCAGUAAAACCUUUUUUAAAAUAAUUGUUUUUAGUGAGAUAUGUGUCCCAAAAUAAUCCGUUAAUACAGGAAGCCGUCGUACAACCGGAUUUACCGGGAACUCUUGUAUUUGUACAGCGAUGUGUGAGGUGGAAACAGAGCACAGUCAUGUUAAUCCUUCAAGAUGGACUCUUCUACACAGCCUCCAGGUGAAGACAUGAUGAGCGCCAAAUAUGGCCUGGUGGGCUACAACAGUUCCCGGAAGCACAUUUCGAUCUCCAUCCCGUCCUCCACAGAGGUGAUGUCUCCUCACAUAAAGUCUGUGGAGGAACUAAGGGUUUUAGGAAUCAACCUGAGCAGCUUCAGUGCACCAGUGCAGUUCUUUAUUUGUGUGGCUGGAGUUUUCCUCUUUUACCUCAUCUAUGGGUAUUUACAGGAGUUAAUAUUUUCUGUGGAAGGCUUCAAACCUUUUGGCUGGUAUCUCACUUUGGUCCAGUUUGGCUUCUAUUCAAUGUUUGGUUUGGUUGAGCUUCAACUUACUCAAGACAAACGCAGAAGGAUUCCAGGGAAGACCUAUAUGAUUAUAGCAUUUCUUACAGUGGGCACUAUGGGCCUAUCCAAUACCUCUUUGGGCUACUUGAACUACCCCACACAGGUCAUCUUCAAGUGCUGCAAACUCAUCCCAGUCAUGAUUGGGGGAAUCUUUAUCCAAGGGAAACGGUAUAACUUUGCUGAUGUGGCAGCAGCUGUCUGCAUGAGCCUGGGACUCAUCUGGUUUACCCUGGCUGACAGCACAGUAGCACCAAACUUCAAUCUCACAGGUGUCCUUCUCAUCUCCUUGGCUCUGUGUGCGGAUGCGGUGAUCGGGAACGUGCAGGAGAAAGCCAUGAAAAUCCACAAUGGCUCCAAUUCUGAAAUGGUGUUGUACUCGUACUCUAUUGGUUUUAUCUACAUACUGGCAGGCCUGCUCUGUGUGGGUGGCCUGGGGCCAGCAGUAGCUUUCUGCUCAGAGCAUCCUGUAAAGACAUACGGUUAUGCGUUCUUCUUCUCUCUCACGGGUUAUUUUGGAAUCUCCUUUGUUCUUGCCUUAAUCAAGCUAUUUGGUGCCCUAGUUGCAGUAACAGUGACCACAGGGAGAAAGGCCAUGACUAUCGUGCUUUCCUUCAUGUUCUUCUCCAAACCUUUCACUUUCCAGUACAUCUGGGGCGGCCUUCUGGUGCUCUUCGGCAUCUUCUUGAAUGUUUACAGUAAAAAUAAAGAUAAGAUGAAUCUCCCCUCAAUCAAGGACUUCAGAGGCUGGCUGCGAAGAGGGAAGAAAGUCCGAUUUCUCUCCCAGGACGUGUAGGAGGGACCCAGUAAUACAGUGGAAGUGCUGCGCAGGCAGAUGGUUUCUGUCAGACGGUUGACCCCUCGCUUUACAGGAGAAGCGCUGAAGCCUGAGCCUGAGCUAGGGCUGCAGCACCACCAGCGCCGAGCCAAGGAUGGGUUUACAGGGUUUGACUUCCAAUCAGCCUCUCGGCCUGCUGACACGACUGAACUGUGGGAAUUCCUGCAUCAUGUGUGUAUCUAGUGGGACGUCUGUAGUAAAAUGAAGUUUUCUGCGGCAAAGUGAAGAAACUUAAAAAUGUUUUUAAAGGGGGAACCAUCUAUAGUGGGAUUGUCUAAAGCAGCAUUUUAGAGCUCCACAAAACUAUUCCCAAUACUGAACAUGUCACAAAAUAUAUCACCAAACUGCAGUUUUGCACUGAAACAGAAUCAAAGUCUCGAACCCUGGCGUGUUCGUACGAAAAAGUAAAGAAAAGAGCGACUUCAUGUGUGUCAUGUAUGAACUAGUUAUCAUUCACCCUUUUUAAUAAAAUAACACUUUCCUCCACUUGUGCCAGACAGAUGGACCAAAAUGGUGUGUUACAGAGUUGAUCUCUUUGUAAAAGUGGCUUUUUUUAACUUAUUGGUAAGUUGUAUCUGACUGCAACUUUGGUUUGUUGGGUGUGUGUUCAUGUGAUUAUGUCUGGGGGGGAAAUGCAGCAUAAUUUUGUCCACUGUGCAUCAACAAUGUCAACUGCCAUGGUUUGCUAAACAUAUCUCUGGGUGGAAGGGGGCAAUUCUUACAAUAAAAUAUAUAAUUGCUAAUUGCAGAGGUUGGUUUGUGUGUUAAGGAUUGUCAGACAGCCCUGACACUCUGUGCUUACACCACUGGAGGCAGGAGCUGAAAUGUUGC